AGUUGCUCCUCCUUCCUCAUCCUGCUCUUCUGCAUUUCACAUUCUAAAACCCUAAACAUGUCUCUGCAACUUCGGAGGCUCUUACUCCGUUGUAGUUCCUUUUCAUUGUCAUCUCCUUCUCCGGUUCAUCCCCCUCCUCCUCUCUUUCCCCGGCAUUCCUCAACCCAUUUCCAUUUCAGAACUCUCUUCUCUCCUUCACUCUUUAUAACUAGACAUUUCUCGUCGGAAACCCAAAUCGACCCAAUUGCGCAUAACGUCUCCUCUGAGCUUCUGAAAGAACCGAACUCUGACCCUCUCUCAGUUUCGAAGCGCCUCCACCUCAGCUUUUCCCACAUCACUCCAACCCCCAAUUUGAUUCUACAAACCCUAGACCUCUGCCCCGAAGCUGGCCGCAAUGUUCUAGGUUUCCACCAGUGGCUCUCUUCCAAUCCCCAAUUCACACACACUGACCACACUCUAUCAUAUUUCGUCGACUACUUCGGCCGCCGCAAGGACUUCAAAGCCACGCAUGACCUCCUCUCCACCGCAGCCGCUGUCGGGCCCAAGACCCUUGAAUCGGCGAUCGACCGCCUCGUGCGUGCGGGCCGGCCCAGCCAGGUGGUUCAGUUCUUUGAGAGAAUGGAGAGAGACUACGGGAUGAAGCGUGAUCGCUCUUCGCUGAAGGUAGUCGUUGAGAAGCUGUGUUCGAAGGGCUUCGCGAGUUACGCGGAGAAGAUGGUGAAGGAUUUGGCAAGGGAGUUUUUCCCCGACGAAGCGACGUGUGAUUUGUUGAUCAGCGGCUGGUGCGUGGAUGGGAAGCUCGAGGAAGCUCAGAGGCUCGCCGGUGAGAUGUAUCGUGGAGGAUUUGAGCUUGGUGUAGGGGCUUACAAUGCCAUGCUUGAUUGCGUGUGUAAGCUUUGUCGCGAGAAGGAUCCUUUUCGGUUGGAGUCGGAGGCGGAGAAGGUGCUGGUGGAGAUGGAGUUCCGUGGGGUUCCGAGGAAUGUGGAGACUUUCAAUGUGUUGAUAACGAAUCUGUGUAAGAUUAGGAAGACCGAGGAUGCGUUGAGGUUGUUUCUUAGUAUGGGAGAGUGGGGGUGUUAUCCUAAUGAGUCUACUUUUCUUGUUUUGAUUAGGAGUUUGUAUCAGGCUGCUAGGCUGGAGGAGGGGGAUGAAAUGAUUGAUAGGAUGAGAUCUGCUGGGUAUGGUGAGUUUCUUGACAAGAAGGCUUACUAUCAGUUCCUCAGGAUUUUGUGUGGCAUUGAGAGGAUUGAUCAUGCUUUGAGUGUGUUUGCUAUGAUGAAGGCUGAUGGGUGUGUACCCGGGGUUAAAACUUAUGACUUAUUGAUGGGGAAAUUGGGUGCCCACAAUCGCGUUGAUAGGGCUAAUGCUUUGUUCAAUGAAGCAAAGAGUAGCGGACUGCCUGUGAUUCUUAAAGAUUAUGCUGUUGACCCAAGAUACCUGAAGAAGAAGAGGGUUGUCAAGGUUGUGAAGAAGAGGGAAACCUUGCCUGAGAAAAUGGCUAGGAAGAGAAGCCGCCUGAAACAGAUUCGGUUGAGCUUUGUGAAGAAGCCCAAACGUAUGAUGGGUCGUUAAUGAUCGCAUUUUUUGUACUUCAAAGAUUUUGGAAUACUUUUGCCUAUUUAAUCAUCGUUUUCUGUCUCCUGGUUAGCGUUGCCAUUCAGAGAUAAGUUCUUGUAUGAAAAUGGUUCCUUUUUACGAGAUAGACGACAUGCUUAGAAAUAAUAUUUUGUACUGGCUUUAAGUUGGUUCAGCUGCGGGGAUGAAUGCAGAAUCAGUCUAAGGGUUUAUAAUCAGGUAUUCAUUCGACGUCUGAGAAUGGUACAAUUUAAAUGAGAAAUGAAUGUAACAAUAAUGUGACUACUGAACUUUAGAAGGUCCUAGAUUCACAGAAGGGCAACACGUCAAUUGAAAGAUAAGAUGGUGUCAAUUUAAUUUUGUUUUAGUUGUUGUCUCUUUCCAUUCUUUAUCGUAUUCACAGGCCAGUAUCCAAUGGUUCUGCUGAAGGUUUAUUGCCGAAUUUUCAGCUUUUGAAACUGGAAUAGCUAGCAUAAAGUUUGAACACCUAUCAGAUUGUAACAGCUCACUUUGUAGUUUAUGGAGCAAGAAUAGAAGAUGGGUUAUAGCUAUAAUUAUUCUGCACCAAAUGUUCAAAGAAGAAUCUCGGUGUAGAAUUGGUUGCUGGAGCUUAGGCCACUAGCGGGUAUCAUUGUUGUUAUCAUCCAACUCACUUGCUAAGGCUGUCCUUCCGAUUAGAUUGUGCUGCUGCAAUAUUUUUCAGUUUAUGCUUUGGAUAUAAACUUUCUUUCCUGCUUGGAAUUUUCACUGUGCUUGGUAGUAUCUGACAAUUUGACUUUUGUUUAGUGUGGUGUUGGUAUGAUUUGUAGUAUUUUAUUAGAUUUUAGUUUUCAAUUAUCGGCUUUCUUUGUUA